AUGACUGGAGAAGAGAUCCCGUUGCUUUCUGUCGCAGAAUCAGAUGUUAAGAAAUCAUUUACCAAAAAAUCUAAGAAGGCCAUCAAUCUGAAAUACAAAAGUAAAAAGAAGAAUGACAAUGAGAAAACGGCUCCGACGUCAGAGCGAUCCUCGACUUAUCAAACACCGUUGAGACCCAAUUUUGGCAAACUACGCAGCGGUAUUCGAAAAUUGAAUUGCUUCAAAGGUGAAACAGAGGAUUUACCGAUUAUGGACAUCCCAAGACACAGAAGCAUCGAUAUCGGCGUGGGGCUGGCCCGGCGUAUGUCCUUAUUCAUCUUCACAAGGAAAACAGUAUGUGUACAUCCGUAUCACCCAUAUACACCGAGUCAGACGACAAGGAAAAUUUUUGUGUACUCAGAGGAUUAA